ACCMACGAGGUUGCAGCGCCAUAGGAAACAGACAUAUUUGCUAGYAGCCUAUUUUCAGUGUAAUUCGCGAAUCACAACACCCACGAAGACGUAAUUAACCCUCAAUGAUCCUUUCACAAAAAUGUACAAAAAACGUAUGGUAAUGUUAAUAUCUAUUUCUCUGUUAAUUUUUUGAAGUGCUCCUCGAACGGAUUGUUGUCAUACUUGGUAAAUUUGUUCAUUUCAUGCCGUUCAGUGCUCCGUCUCAAGUGAUCUAAAACAUUCAUCUACCUAACCACUGAAAUGUUUUUGCGUCUUUUGCGGAGCGCAAUUAUGAGGAGAACUCUGUUUGAAUUAUCAUUUAAAAACUAGUGCUGCAUCUAUUUUUUGGUUGUUCCAACAGUUGAAGGUGCUAUUUUGUUUUUUUCGAACGGCUACGGCCCUGUGAGACCCCUACAUGUGAUGAAGCAAGUUACGGCAAUUGCGCGCGCAUUUUGAAAGUAAAUUAUUAUCCAAUCAGAGUGAAGACAGUGGGGCACAUGUUUUCCAGUAGACACUACGGUACAUUCAGAUGCCUUCAAUUAUUUGUUGUAUAUGUUUCUCAAUAUGAGAAUUAAUUUGCAUUAGAUGACUGAUAAUGUUCGAGCGGCUUGCAAAUGUUUGUCUUUGUGAAGUUGGCAUUCACCUGAGGAAGGAUAAAUGAGAAAGUUUUAAACAGCAGGGAACCAUAAACAACCGGGUACAACUGAAAACUAGAAUCUUUAAUCGUUCCAAAACAAUACGCAGGGAAGGCUGUGCGAACAAUGGGCAUAUGUUUUGGCUGGUUUGUUUAGGAUAUUCAAUAAAUUGAUGCAGUCACUUCCCGUGAAUAAUGUUAAUGAAGCAAAGUUCCAUAUUUAUAAAGCGCAUAGCUUAUAAUUCUGUAUAGGUAUUUAUGGAAGCCAUAUCAUAGCAUUUGUAGAAUGGAAGCCGUACCAACAACAUAGAAAAGAAAGUCGGUUUUACGAGGAGUGAGAGAGAUUGGUUUUGAAAAACGUGACUGAAUAAACGAAAAGAUAAUAAGUCAUCAAUUUUACGUUGUAAAUUAGACGCGUAAUUAUGAGAAGCCAGUCUCCCACAGAGCUUGUUAAAGAAUGAGAUCUUUUUUGCGUGGAUAUUAGUUGAACAAGUCAAUCGUGUUUUAGCUUUGUCAAAAACAACACAAAUAGCGAUGAACUUUAAACGUCUGUUUUAGAAGCAAAGUACUAAUCAACAUGAAGUCAGCUUUGCGUGCAAAUACAUGUCAAGACUUGCGAUCUAAUCAAAGGCAAAUUUCACGAAAUUAUCAACAAAGGCUCCUUUACAAUCACGUGAAAGCAUCAUCUUCGUCCUGCCGCAGAGUGAAAAUCAACGUUAGUGGUCAAGUGUUUGAAACGUUCGAGUCGACAUUGGCACGAUUCCCAGAGACUUUACUUGGCUGUCCGGACAAGAGAAUGAAAUACUAUGAUCAACAUCACAGAGAGUACUUUUUCAACCGAAAUCGUAAUGCAUUUGAUGCAAUUUUAUUUUUUUACCAGUCCGAAGGACUUCUUGUUCGUCCAAAUACAGUAUCACUGCAGAAUUUUUACAAUGAGCUUGAAUUUUUUCAAAUUGGACGUAAAGUUUUGGAAGAGUAUAUGAAAGACGAAGGCGUCCUUCUUGAAGAUGAAAGCUGUACUGAAAUAUUGCCUGAGAACCGCAUCCUCAGAAGCCUUUGGAUAUCUUUCGAGUAUCCAUCGAGCUCCGACAUUGCUAAGCURGUCGCAUGUUGGUCAAUAAUGUUUAUAUUCCUUUCGAUUUUUAUCUUAUGUGCGGAGACAAUUCCACAUCAAGCAGCUGGAAUAGAUAGUGCUGAAGGCGGAGAAGUACUUCAAAUAAACCGCUUGUACGAUGGAAUUGAGAUGGCUUGCAUUAUUUGGUUUACAUUUGAAAUAACAGCACGUUUUAUUUCAUGCCCUGAGAAAGUAACAUUUCUAAAAGAUUUUUUGAACUACAUCGAUGUGGCUGCAGUUUUGCCGUUCUAUUUGAAAGAAAUAGUAGGCUCCGACUCCUCAGAUGGAUUUGGAAUAAUGAACGCUUUUAGACUUCUUCGAGUUUGUAGAAUAUUCAAACUCGCUCGCCACUUAGAGUUCCUUCAAGUUCUAGGUCGUACUGUUGUAGCAACUUGGAGAGAACUUCUAAUGAUUUUAUUCUUUGUCAUAGUUAGUAUGGUAGUAUUCUCUGGAUUAACAUAUCACGCUGAGCAUGAUGCACAGAGUGACAAAUUCUCCAGCAUUCCCGCUACCUUUUGGUUUGUAAUUGUCACUUUAACUAACGUUGGAUAUGGCGACGUAGUCCCCAAAACACCAUUUGGUAAAUUACUAGGGACUGUAUGUGCUUUGGUUGGUGUUCUAGCCAUAGCUUUACCGAGUCCUGUCAUAGCGACACGAUUUAAACAGUUUUACAAUCAAGAAAGAUGGAAAAAGAAAACAGAAAACUCGACGUUUACAAUAGUACGCCGAGAAAGCAGCCUUUCGCGUAAAUUGCUAAACUAGCCGUUAAGACAGCCGUUAAUGAUAGAAAUAUUGAUAAUAACUAUAACCACAAAUGUUAUCGUUAUUUGUGGUCAAUUUUUCUGUGUCGAAUAGAGAUCUCAAUAACGUCGCAAAGCUAUUCGUUUUGGUGAAUUUGUUUGCAUGUGGGUUUGUUUUCAUGUAGUUGCUUGUAGUAGUUUAGAAAUGACUAAAGCAAUUAAAGAUGUAAAAUAUAGGCCGUUAGGCAAUGCAUAGCGCUGCUUCCAAUCUACGCGUACUUCAACAAUUUCUUUUCAGUUAAAAUUUCAAGUCUUUGGAAAUUUUCUUCUUCACAUAAUAGACUUCUGAACCUAUUACGUCACCUUGAUUUCCAAUGCAUUGUAGGAUCAGUUUCUGGAGAAAAAACAAAAGAAUUUCGACAUGUUCUGUCCCAAACAUAUGUCUGCAGAGGUCUCAUGACUCUUUCACUAGAUGUUGGUUGUAAAGAACCAAAGCGAGGCUUUGACUAGAUAGUAAUUAUAGCAUUUCCACGUGAUCACAAUGGAUGAAGCUGAGCAAGCAAAAAAUUAAAGAAACAAAGUUGUAUUCUACUUUGUCAUGCCUAUUCAGGAAUUAUCGUCGAAAGACUGGAGAACUUUUCAUAAAAUGCCAAAAGAUAAAUCGUUAUGAAAACUGUGGAUGCAGUGCCUAAAUAGCAUUCCAGGGGCGGAUCUACAAUCUUGGACAUAAAUGUUGACAAUUUUUACGCACGCACGACAUUUCUCACAUUCUUCGUCGAUAAAACCUUCAUCGUGCCCCCCUUCCCCCAAUACAAUGUUGUGUGGCUGUCUUUUCAUUGGUUGUCCAUUCAUUAACCCCUGCAU